CAGGCGCUGUGGGCGCGCGCGGCCGGCGCCAUUGCGGCUCGGGGCGGCCCCGCAGCGCUGCGCCCGCCGCCGCCAUGGCCACCGACUCGUGGGCCCUGGCCGUGGACGAGCAGGAGGCGGCCGCCGAGUCGCUCAGCAAUUUGCACUUGAAGGAGGAGAAACCCAAGCCGGAUUCUAACGGUGCUGUCGUCAAGAUGGAUGACAACGCGGAGAAGACAGAGGAUGAGGAAAAAGAGGACAGAGCUGCCCAGUCCUUGUUAAACAAGCUGAUCCGCAGCAACUUGGUUGACAACACAAAUCAAGUGGAAGUGCUGCAGCGGGAUCCCACUUCGCCUCUCUACUCUGUGAAGUCCUUUGAGGAGCUGCGCCUGAAGCCGCAGCUUCUGCAAGGAGUCUAUGCCAUGGGCUUCAACAGACCAUCAAAGAUACAAGAAAAUGCCCUGCCCAUGAUGCUUGCUGAGCCCCCGCAGAACUUGAUCGCACAAUCACAGUCUGGUACUGGUAAGACAGCUGCCUUCGUCUUAGCCAUGCUCAGUCGUGUUGAACCCGGGAACAAGUAUCCACAGUGUUUGUGCCUUUCCCCAACGUAUGAGCUGGCACUUCAAACAGGAAAAGUGAUUGAGCAGAUGGGAAAGUUUUAUCCGGAGCUGAAACUUGCCUAUGCUGUCCGAGGCAAUAAAUUGGAGAGGGGUUUGAAGAUCUCUGAGCAGAUUGUAAUUGGCACACCUGGCACCGUGCUGGACUGGUGUUCCAAACUGAAAUUCAUAGAUCCCAAGAAAAUCAAAGUGUUUGUCUUGGAUGAGGCUGAUGUAAUGAUUGCAACCCAGGGUCAUCAAGAUCAAAGCAUCCGCAUUCAGAGAAUGCUCCCCAGAGACUGUCAGAUGCUUCUAUUUUCAGCCACUUUUGAGGAUUCUGUGUGGAAGUUUGCUCAAAAAGUUGUUCCUGAUCCAAACAUUAUCAAACUGAAGCGAGAGGAGGAAACACUGGACACUAUUAAACAGUACUACGUUCUGUGCAAUAACAGAGAUGAAAAGUUCCAGGCUCUCUGUAAUAUCUACGGCGCCAUCACCAUUGCCCAGGCCAUGAUUUUCUGCCAUACUCGCAAGACGGCUGGCUGGCUGGCGGCAGAGCUCUCCAAGGAAGGCCAUCAGGUGGCAUUGCUCAGCGGAGAGAUGAUGGUGGAGCAAAGAGCUGCUGUCAUAGAGCGGUUCCGAGAAGGCAAAGAGAAAGUGCUGGUGACCACAAACGUCUGUGCCAGAGGGAUUGAUGUAGAGCAGGUCUCGGUUGUUAUCAAUUUUGACCUUCCUGUGGAUAAAGAUGGCAACCCAGACAACGAGACCUACCUGCACCGGAUUGGCCGUACAGGUCGUUUCGGCAAGCGAGGACUGGCUAUUAACAUGGUGGACAGCAAGCACAGUAUGAAUAUUCUCAACAGAAUCCAGGAACACUUCAACAAAAAGAUAAACAAAUUGGAUACUGACGACUUGGAUGAAAUUGAGAAGAUAACUAACUGAAGAACAGCUGCUGGAACUGGUGUGUACCCUACUGUGGAAGCUCUCCCACUCCAAUUGGAUCAGUGUUCAGAUUGGCACGCCUCUAAGCUAGUCCCGAAAAGGACUUUUAAGAUACGACACAAAAAUUACCUCAUUUUAAAAAUUGCAGUUGGACUUAAAAUUGUGCAACUAUGGGGAAGAAGAGGCAAUGUUUACAGAAGCUUUUCACACUUCUUAGUUUAGCCUUAAAAUGGGAAAAUAUUUUGAAUUCUUAGAAAUACACUUGCCAAAAAAGGCAAAAUGGAACCAUCUAAAACAAAUAAAUAAAUGCUUUAUUGCCUUUAAUUGGGAUGAGGUUCAACAUAAACGUGAUCAGUUGAAAUUCAACAGCCAAAUAUAUAACAGACAUGGAUUAAAAAAAAAAAAAGGCAGCUGAUUUUUGGCUAAAAACUCAAGUUGUACUAAACAGGAUGUCAUUCUCUUGGCGCUCCCUGAGCUCUUAAGACUAAUUUCUGGCUUCCUGAUGGAUUUGCCCUGCUUUUCCUUAAGUAGAUUGUCCAGAAGAUGUCUGUAGUAGCUCAUUCUCUUGAACACAGGUGCCGUGUUGCUUUUGCUGGGCAGUAUUUUAAUUUGUCAUUAAU